CCCCUUUGCUUCAAAACCUAGUCGGAUUUUAGCAGGUCAAUAUCGCGUAAAUUUCGCUUAGAUUGACAUCGAGGCACGCGCAAUAUGUAGACUUAUUCUACAAUCUAAUUGUGAACUUCCCCUGGUUUUCAGGUUCAACUACACAACAUGACAGACGUAAUCGAAACACAGCUACUGAUCAACAACAAGCUUGUUCCAGCAAGCGACAACGGUACAUUCGAGCUCUUCUCACCACACACUGGAAACCUGGUCGCGAAAGUUGCAGAAGCAACGCUCUUCGAUGUUAACGCUGCCGUGGACGCAGCUCAAGCCGCCUUUCCAGCAUGGAGCGCUCUUUCUCCAUUGCAGCGCGGUGUGCCACUGAAGAAGCUAGCUGAGUUGCACAUCUCAGAGAAAGACGAACUCGCACGACUCGAUGCCAUCUCCAUGGGGAAGCCAAUCAGCACGCACGGCACUGAUGUCAGUUAUGCCGUGACCCAGUACAACUAUUUCGCUGAAGCUGCGUAUCCGCAAGGCCAUACCAGCUUGAACACGCCGGGGUUCUUGAACAUGAGUUUACGACAACCGUUUGGUGUUGUGGCUGUAAUCAUCCCAUGGAAUGCCCCAUUAAUCUUCUUCUCGAAGAAGGUCGCACCUGCGCUGGCUGCCGGGAAUUGUGUUGUGGUGAAGAGCAGCGAGAAGGCGCCAUUGACAUCCUGGAAAGUAUCGCAAUGGAUUGAAAAGUGCGGAUUUCCACCAGGUGUGAUCAACGUGCUUUCGGGUCACGGCCAGACUUCAGGGCAAGCCUUGGCUGAACACAUGAAAGUCCGUGCCCUCUCUUUCACAGGCUCAACACGGACAGGUCGCGCCAUUGCUAUCGCUGCUGCAAAGUCCAACCUCAAGAAAGUUGUCUUCGAGCUUGGCGGCAAGUCGCCUUCGUUAAUCUUUGACGACGCAGACAUCGAGCAAGCAGCGAAAGAGACAGAACUCAGCAUCAACUCCAAUUCCGGUCAGGCAUGCUUCGCCAGUAGCAGGAUCUACGUGCAAGAGAGCAUCAAAGACAAGUUCAUCGAAGCAUUCGCACGGAUAGCCAAAGCACGGAAAUUAGGCGAUCCAACAUGCCUCGGUAUCAACCACGGCCCACAAGCGGACAAAACACAGUAUGAGACUGUGCAGAAAUACAUUGCCCUUGGCAAAGAGGAAGCAGGCUCGACUAUCGACACCGGCGCAGGCGCCACCAAUAACGAGGUCUCUCCCCACCACAUUCACCCCGUUAUCUUCACCGACGUGCCUGAAGACUCGCGCCUCACAAAAGAAGAAAUUUUUGGCCCCGUCGUGAUCGUGAACACCUUCGCCACCGAAGCUGAAGCCAUCGCAAAAGCAAACGACACUGAGUUCGGGCUCUACGCAUCCUUAUACACAAAGGACCUCGAGAGGGCGAUCAGAGUGGCGAAGAAGUUGGAAAGCGGGAUGCUGGGCGUCAAUUGCACGAGUCCGACGACCUGCUUGGACUUGCCGUUUGGUGGGUGGAAGGGAAGUGGGACUGGGCGGGAGAGUUUGCUGGAGAGUAUGGAGCACUACCUUGAGGUUAAGAGUGUGUAUGUUAGGGUUAGUGGGAUUGGAGGGUGAUCUGAUUUGAAAUGAGAAGGAGCCCGAUUGUGGAAAGACGUACGAGCUCCAAGAGUCACGAGCAAUAUGAUUCUGCUCUCUAUAUCUCAUACUUCUGGACGCCUUCGAGUCACAAUGUCUUUGUCCAAGAAAUGGUCUUUUACCGCUGAG